AUUUACCAACAGCAUGAAUCAAGAAAAGUUAGCCAAACUUCAAGCUCAGGUCCGGAUAGGGGGCAAGGGCACAGCUCGCAGAAAGAAGAAGGUAGUACAUAGGACAGCUACUGCUGAUGACAAAAAGCUUCAGAGUUCUCUAAAGAAACUGGCUGUGAACAAUAUAGCUGGUAUUGAAGAGGUGAACAUGAUUAAAGAUGAUGGAACAGUCAUUCAUUUCAAUAACCCCAAAGUCCAAGCUUCCCUCUCCGCUAACACCUUUGCAAUUACUGGUCAUGCAGAAGCCAAACCGAUCACAGAAAUGCUUCCUGGAAUAUUAAGUCAGCUUGGUGCUGACAGCUUAACAAGCCUUAGAAAGUUAGCUGAACAGUUCCCACGACAAGUAUUGGAUAGUAAAGCACCAAAACCAGAGGACAUUGAUGAAGAAGAUGAUGAUGUUCCAGAUCUUGUAGAAAAUUUUGAUGAAGCAUCGAAAAAUGAAGCUAACUAAAAUCCUCUGGGGUUUGGAAGCUGGCAUGGACUAGAUUUAACAAUCAGCUCUGUUGUUCCAAAGUUUUACAGACACAGAGAACAUCACCUGUUACUAGUUCAGUAAUAUAAAUAUUUUGUAUAUUAAUAAUGCUGUUUGUUCAGCAUUUCUUGGUCAUUUGAUUUUGCAUUUUGCACUUCUUCCCAGGAUCUAUUCUUUUGGUCAAAAUAUGAAGUAUUGGUACAGUUUGAGGGUGGUUUUUUGUUUUUUGGGGGGAAACUUUUGGUGUGUAUGUAUAUGUAUGUAUGUAUGUGGGUAUGUGUGUACACAGUGGACAGCCAAUUGGUAACAGUUUUAUCUACUCUUCCCUUUUCCCCAGUAGAAAUAAAACAAAUCUUUACAUUUGUUA